CUACAUCAAGCUUUCACCAAUAUAGUUAAACAUCCAGCACCUCAGAGAAGACUCACAUACUGCACCUCCUAGUAAAAUGAGUAGAACCCGAGAUCUUUAUAGACGUUGUGCCCUUUAUUGGUCAUGGCCAGGCCUGGACUGGGACAAAAAAAUAGGCCCGGGCACUUUGGACUGAGCAGCCCAAUGCCCAGGGUCCCUUUCCUCAGAGCCUGGUGGCAGAACUCAAGGGUCUGGUCACAAGAGUGGCCUUUGCGACCCUGGUAGUUCCACCACUAGUGUCAAGAGAGAGAAGAGAGGGUGGGAGGAGAGAGAAGAGAAGAGAGAGGGAGGAGAGA